AUGCCAAAAAAGGAAACGCAUGGAAGAGAAGUUGCAGAAAUCAUCAAAGAUUUACAAUUAUUUAAUCCGAAAAGCGUGUCAGCAAGUCAUCGAUUGGCUCAUGACUGCUAUAUGAUAUUAGUGGGUUAUGUAAACGACGAUGAUGCUUUAGAGAAACUUGGGGAUAUGAUCGAGUCUAGAGAAGAAUCGAACGAAAAUCAAUUUGAAGCUGCAGCUAGUAUCUCAAUAAUGGAAUGUGAAGAAGUGGAGUUUAUACUUGAGCAUAUGGAGUUACAUUAUCAAACUGAAGAUCUCAGUGAUGCUCGCACCGAUCAUUUCGUCUAUGAAGAUAAUUUCAAUCCAACACUUUUCGGUCUUGUGGAAAAAAACUCAUCAUUCGGAAAACUGAGAUCACUUUGCUAUCGUUACGAAACAAAGCCGAAUAUUAAUGUGGAAAAAGUAAUGGCAAAGCAUGAUGCACGCGUUGCUAAUUCAACUCCGAUUUUCCAACAAAAAGGUGUAUCGAAAGAUGAAGCUCAAGCAUUAUCAUUAGCACUUUCAUUCUACACUGGCACCGAAACAAUUAGUCAACUCGAUGAUUUAACUAUUCUCAUCAAUGAAUUAAUCCGUUUAACUUAUAUGAACAUUCAUUUUGCAUGUGGAUCAACUAGCGAACAACAAAUACAAUAG